UUUCAAUUACUUACAGUUAUUCUACUCAAUGCAUCGUAUUGACAACCCUAUGGCGGCCUCAGAAACAAAGCCUGGGCAAGAUGCAGAGCCUUUGCCCAAGAAAACAGGUCAGUUGAUGUUAAUCAAACUGGAAGAAUAUAGUAUUAUCAUAUGUCCAUAUUGUAUAUGUACUAGGGUCGGUUGUAUAUGUACCAGGCUAAUUAUAAACACGGAGUUUUAGUAAAAGUCGUAGACUGGUAAACCCGAAUUACUAGACUUUAUUAUGUAGAAAUAUAGAGUUUGCUUUUCGCAAUUGUGGUAUCUAGUUUCGUAUAGUUUUAUAAUUUUUCAAGUUUACACUGGUAAAAAUCACUAUUCGGCGGAUAGCGCUAUCCGGCCUUUGUAUACAACUGAUCAGACCCAUGCUCUACUGCCGGUUAUCAAAAUUAAAGUGAAUUAGCCAAACUUUGGCUGAAAAUUGUAUCCGAGAAAAAUUGAAUUAAAUUUUCUAACCUUGUUUUUCUAAUAUAGAGACUAGCUGAAAUAAAUGGGAAAGAAACUAUAAUUCAGGGUUAGCACUACAGUCCAGUGCCCUCGGGCAUGCGCUAAACAAGCGAAUCACAAGCGCGAAGACAUGUUGCUUUUUAAUAAAUAACAAUUAUAUAGGCUUAUAUGAUUGCGAACCUACUAUAACAAACUAAGACAGACUAACAAACUAAUACACUAACAAACUGACGCAUCGACUUUAUAAAGGGUGCCUAACUUCGUUUGGGCACCGCAAUUGUAUAUGACAAUGUAAGUAUAAAAUAAAUACACAUUAAUGUUUUUAAACAAACGAAGACGACAAAACUAUUUUAUUUUAGAUAUUCCGGACGAACUUUCAUAUAUUGUGUUAUUGGAGGACUGGGAAAUUGCGCCAGAUAAUCUGAAGUUGCUGGACAAAAAGUUGGGAGGAGGACAGUUUGGAAUUGUUAUGCAAGGAUUAUUGACAACUACGAAAGGUGAUUCUGAAGUUGUUGCUGUGAAAAUGUUAAAAGGUAUAUAUGUGUAAUUAACGUACAUACAAAGUGCUGGUAUGAAUUUAAAUAAUUAAAUAAUCUUUAGAAUCUAAAAGCGAAGCAAGUUACUCCCGUGAAUGUAGCUUAUAUAAGUUCUGUCAAUAAUUCUUCCAUUUAGAUAGUGCAAAAGAAUCUGAUCUCCAGGAUCUGAUGACUGAACUGACUAUCUUAAAAGAAGUAAACAAAGUUCCUCACCCAAAUGUCAUAAGAUUGAUUGGAGGCUGCUCAAUAGGAGGUAUAGACAAACAGUUUGAUUUCUUACACAGAAGUCAAGUAUUCGCCAAUAUUUUUAUUUCCUAUGAAUUAAGUAAAGAUCAAAGUCUUUCAUGUUCUACUCCAAGUUAUGUUAAACAGUUUCUUUUCUGAAACCUUCCAUGCACUUAAUUUAACUUAAAUUAAACGUUUGAAGUGGAAACAUAAUUAACAAUCGGCCAGUUUUUAUUGCCUUUGAUUUCUUUGAUACUAUGCGUUGAUAGAUACGGGUAAAAAAACCUUACAAUUACUUGAAAGUUUCCAAAGAAACAACUGUAGUCGACUAUAUCAUGGCAUUCGAACGCGUUCUAUAUUGUUAUAGAUAUAGCCUACUUGUAAUGUACUAGAUAAAACAUGAGCAGCCGAUCUUUAUCUGAUAUACAAACUCGAGCCGAAGGCGAGAGUUUGUAUAUCAGAUAAAGAUCGGAUGCGAUGUUUUAUUAUGCUUAUAAAACGACCCAUCUUAUGAGUUCAUGGCGAAGCAAUUUUAAAAAUAAACAUUGUCUAAGCCGAGAAAAUCAAAGCUGAAGUUUAUGUAAAUCAGGACAGAUCUUUAUCCGAUUUACAAACAUUGAUUAAACAUUCAUUUCUUUUGUAUUUUUGUAUUAUUAAUAAAUUAAAUAUAUUAAUAACGUUUCGACAAAUUUUGCUUACCUUUAGACACCCCUUCCCCGUAUUUAUUAUACCUAGCAAAUGCGUGUCAUUAUGGAAAGCUCUAUUACUACACUUUAGGAAAGCUACACGUGAUCACGGAGCUCUGUACAGGUGGAAGUUUACGACAUUUGCUAAUCAACAGUAGAGUCUAUCCUUCCGAGAAAAACUCAUCAAACUACAUCAACCUUUCGUCGACCUUGAAUCAUCGUCAAUUGGUGAAAAUUGCUGCCGAUAUAUCCAGUGGAAUGGUUCAUCUGUCUUCUCAAAAGGUAUCUAGUAAAUUUGUUAAAUUUAUGCCAACCUAGAAUUAUGACAAAUUAGAACCAUUAUCAGGCAAAUUAAAUGUAUUUUUAAAUUCAUGUUAUAAGCCCACCAUAUAGAUCAUUCUUUUUUACGUAGUAUACACUGCGCCUGAUUUGGUGGAAUUUUAGUAAUUUACUUGCUGCAGUUUUAAAAAUUCACAAAACCACGGGGCAAACUAAAAGUUGGAAUGUUUCCCAAGUAACACAUACAAUCAUCAAUGUAUUUAUGCUUGCAAUAAAUUGUGAAGUCACCUGCAGUUACAGGUUAGUAAGCUAGACAGUGCAGUAAUUGCUCCAGAUAUUAUAUCUGCCAUAGAGGGUUAUGACAAUUUCCAUCUACAGAGACCUCCACAAAAACCUUCAUUUACUCUGAAACACCAUUUUCUUGUUAUGUAUAUUAUACGGAUAAUUUUCAUUUCAAUAGUUUGUUCAUCGUGACUUGGCCGCAAGGAAUAUUCUCAUUGGUGAAGAUAAUAUGGCAAAAGUAUCUGAUUUUGGUUUGGCAAGAGACGUUGGAGGCGCCGAGGAAUACAUACGAAACAAUCAGGUAAAUUAGCUUUAUUUUCUAUUAUUUAACAAAAUAUGGUAAUGCACAUGCAGUAUCUUUAAUGCCUGGUUCACACUGGCUGUAAGAAUCGGGGAUGUCCAUUGACUCCAUUGUCUGUGGUCAUUGGUGUGUAAAAUGCUUUAAAAAAAAAAAGAAUACAAUAGAUCGCCGAUGAAUUACGACCAGUCUGAACCAGGCUUAAAGGUGAUGUAAAGUCCGUUCUGCGGAUAUACGUUCUGCGCGCGCCUACAUUCCAAUGGUCGCGACCCGCGACCAUUGAAAUAUUGUUAAUAUUUCGCACCUUCCGAACUUUCUUGAAUUGAAUCUCUAUCAGCUUUAACGGUCAGUGUCAGUGUAGAUAGUGCCAAUAAUAAUAAAGCUUCGAAUUGAUACAACAACCUGAAAAAUUAUUUGACGUUUCGAGCGAAGGCUCUUCGUCGGAUAGUUAGUUGCGCAGCCCCCGGAAGUGAGUCUACUAACUUACUGACGAAGGGCCUUCACGUCUAAGGUUUGCUUGUAUUGUUUAGGUAGUUGUAUUCCUAUCAGUCCGAAUAUAUCUUUUUUCUAUUUAUCACUAUUAUUUACAUACGGGAAAUUUUAUGUGAGCAAACUGCAAUGAUUACGCAUCUGUAGUUGCCAAAUAGCUAUACGCCCUAUACCGGCACUUUAUUUGUCAGCGCAAUUUGAAUUUUUGCGGGUUGUAUAGGGUCUUCUUGUUGCCUUGGCCUAAUCCAAUGUGUCAUGCUCUUCUGACUGUUAUUCCAUGUUAUUCCAACUGUUCUGUAUAGUAUUAAUGAUGGCUCUAAGCAGACGACAGCUGUGUUUUAUAUGUUCACAUGCAGUUCUUUUCCGCUCGGAAUAUUGCCCUACGGCCACAACUGUAAGAUUGAAAUACAAUGAUGAUUGCAGAAAUCAGUUCUUAAUUACUAUUAUCCUACCAUUAAAUCAUCUAUGAAGCUCGAAGUUACAUCCUUUCCCAAAAAAACACUAAUUGAAGAGAAACUAGAACCAGAAAUAAAUACUGGAUCUUUCCAUGUUAAUCAUUUCACAACCUCCACACCUUAUCACCCACGCUUUUUCACUCCAUCUCCUAUUCAUAGCCCAUACUGUUCGUCAUUUCAGCAAUACACCAUUUGCCACAAUCAUAGCACUAUAUGUCCAAUAAUGAGUUUGUGGGUCUGGUUAACAAGAUACUUUGGACACCUUUUCCCCAAGCAAAUUCAUGUGUGUGAUAUUGUAAUAACGUGUUUAGGUACUGUAUAUAACUCGCUUAUUAUUAUUACCAUAAAUGAGGUAUCGGAUAUAAUUUUAUUUUUUCUAAUAGAACUUACUUCCUGUAAAAUGGAUGGCUUUGGAAAGUCUUCUUCAUGGUCGUUUCACAAUUGCUAGUGAUGUGUAGGUUCAUGUUCACGUUAUCAUUUCUCUCUAAUAUUAUUUUUAAC